AGAGGUAGGUGAGGCGGUGCGUGUUGUAGUCGUAAGAGGUUGAGGUUAUUGUGAACAUCGCGCGAGGGGCCGGAACACUCGUUUUGGCAACGGACAGUACCGUAGAUCACGGACGCAGUCCGUUAAGAGGUGAAACCCCGUGGUAAAAUUGUGGUCCCAAUAUAGUACCCCGAGGGACUCAAAACAGGACUCGUGACGCUCAGGAUCACCAUGCGGUUGCCGGGGCUUUGGUGGGCGGCUGCAUUGCUGCUCGCCCUUACGAUUUCAGAAGCAUCGUCAGAUCCUGAAUCACCUAAACCUGCGCCCAGUAAUGAGCGCCCUGUACGGUACCAACGGAAGGUGCUUAGUAAACGCAUGCCGGUGACUACAACUGCAGACCCGGCCGCUGUCUCCGUAAAAUCCACAACCCCCGUUCCUUCCUCCAGCACUACUCAGUCACACCCAUCAGUUGUCAACACUGCGGACGUGAGUACCGCGCGCGUCAACACUGUGGAUGUCAAGAGUGUGGAGAAUGCGCGCGCAACACGCAGCGCCGCAGUCGCUGCACAAGAUCGAUGGGUGCGAUUCGUGUCAGAUUACGUAAAUGGAGCUGCCAAUACUGGCAGCAGCUUUUCGGACUGGCCGAAGACACCAAUCAAAGUAGAUUUAGCAGUUGUUGGACACCAAGGCCUCGACGGAAGUACCUCCACGGUGCCAGUGUACGUGUUGCCAGUGCCAGUGCCGCUGCCAGUGAAGCAAGAGUGCUCAGCUAAUCAAGAUAGACUUGAUAAUAGAAGAGUCAGCAAGCCGCAUCAACCGAGCGACGAGCCGCGACGUAGGAAACCGGAUUUCGAGGAGCCUCAACGAAAUUACGAGGAGCCACCGAGACGCGAUGACCGUCGAAGACCUUAUUACGACAGUUCACGUAGACCGACCGGCUUCGAAGAACCGACAAGGCCUACGACACAUGACCAACCUCGUCGUCCUAGCUAUAAUGAACCUCGUUAUCCGAGCUACGAGGAUCCCCUUCGUCUUAGUUAUGAGGAAUAUCAGCGUCCCGCUUACGACAGACUUUCUUACCUUCCCGACUACCGUGAACCUCCUCGCCGUCCCACUCGUCCAGAUUACGAUGAACCACGUCGUCCUAGCUAUGAUGAACCUCCAAGUCCUAGUCCUGAUAAAACUCGACGUCCUGGUAACGAUGGGCCACGUCGGCAGCCUAUUUACGAUAAGGCACCACCAUUGCAGCCCUACGAUAAUGAUUACCUCCGCCCUGAACCACAAUUUCCUCGUCCGUUCCAGCCGGACCCAGCAUAUAAAGAGCCGAGUGUUAUCCCUCCACCUAACAUGCAUUCAGGUGGUCCGGUAGACUCCAGCGUGCUGGUGGAUCUAUUCCGUGCCCAGAAGCCGCAGGCGCCUCACUUGCCGGCGGUGCUGGUCCGGCACCGACGCCACACCGAGCCCCCUCCCCCACCACUCCCUAUACACCCCGCACCCGGAAAACCAUCUGCAUCACCUCAGAAGCCACAUUUCGCUCACCCUUUGGCGGUGACCGGCGAGAUUACCGUCCACCGCGCUGACUACACUGAACCUUACACAGCGUGGUGGGAUCCAUCCACUGGCAGUUCACGAGUAGACUUCCACGAUGGUGAUACCAGCACGUAUCGAUCGAUGCAGGCUGGGCGAGUUCGCAGGGUCGCUGUGAGCACUGAUCGCACCGGUUCUAAAGACGUACGGCGUUGUGCAGUGAUGGAGAGUCAGGAGACGCAACACGACCGAACGCCGCCUAUGUUCCCCAACAUGGAGAAUUUUUCAUUUGACAAGUUUGUCCAGAUGGGAGAUACGCAAGUUGAACAAUGGAAGCAUUCCACACCGGCGAGUGGUGGAGCGCGUGGAGAGGAACUUACAUACCACCAUGAGAUGUUGCUAAUGCGCUCCCAUGACAACACCCCCAGACCAUUAAUGUACACUGUGUCUGUGGAUAGUUCUGUGUUGGGAAAGGACUCUGAUCGAUAUAUGCACCGCUUCCACCAAGUUCACGAACAUCAAGCCGAUGGAAGCUUAUUCAAUUUCGAUAUCGAAAAAGGAUGUGACAUUAAGGAGGGAACACACGACAUGACCGUCGUGGAGCCGCUACGGGAGUUCAUCAUGAUGGGGCGUGACCCAAAAUAUGACGAGCUGUUUAAAAACUUCACCCACGAAUAUGAGCGGCAUUACGUAGACAAAGCCGAGGAAGCGGUGCGCAAGAAUCUCCUGAUGCAGUCGAGCCGGUUCGUGUCGGCGGGCAACCGUCUCGGCGCCACUUUCGAGAUGGCCUUGAACUUCCUCUCUGACCGGCUCCAAGAUGAGGUGGAAAUUCUGUUGGGCGUGGUGCUGGACGACGAGCACUUCCCUGCUGAGGAUUUCCCCCAUGAUCGCUCCAAGUUGCGUGAUCUGGCCGACCGCCUUCCCGACGAGUUCGACUGGCGGCAGAAAGGCGGUGUCUCCCCCGUCAAAUAUCAAGGGUCAUGUUCGUCGUGCUGGGCUUUCGCUGUAGCUGGAGCUGUGGAGGGUGCGCUCUUCCGUAAAACGCGCCGUCUGGUGCCGCUCAGCGAGCAGUGUCUCGUCGACUGCUCAAAGCCGUACGGCGGCAACGGAUGUAAGGGUACCUGGCCGAGUCACGCAUACGACUACGUCCAGGACCGUGGUCUACCCGCUGAGAAAGAGUACAUACCUUACCAAGCGAGGGUGUUGGAGUGUCAGGAUAAGCGCGUGCCGGCCGUCACACAGAUCAGCGCUCACGUCAACGUCACACAACAUAGUGUGGCAGCACUUAAGGUGGCGAUUCGUAGACAUGCACCAUCGGUGGUGAUAAUCGACAGCGCCUUGAAAAGUUUUCAGACGUACAAGAAAGGAGUCUUUUACGAUGACCGUUGUUCGAAAGUGAAAAAGAAGUUGAAACAUGCGGUGCUAGCAGUAGGGUGGGGAGUUCAACGUGACGAGCCCCACUUCAUAUUGAAGAACUCCUGGUCUGCAGCGUGGGGUGACGGCGGGUACGUCCGCGUGCAUGGCCCCUCCAACACGUGCGGCGUGCUCACGCUACCCUCCUACCCUCGGCUGGAGAAGAACGAUGUAUUGCGGAACCUCGAUCCCAUUAGCACCGGCACCGCCCCCGCCGGCCGGUCAGCCGAUGGCGACGACGACGAUGAUUACGAUUAAUAACCGAUUAUUAAAAUUAUCAAAACGGCAACAGCGUUUAAUCGUAAACUGUGUACUGUGUGUGUGUGUGUGUGUAUGUGUAUGUGUGUGUGUUUUGAAUGGGUUUUUGCGCGUUAAAGAUCGUUUUAGGGUCAUUACGACUGUUUUUGCCAUCAGAGAUAGCAGUCCUCAAAGUUUUAUUAACUUUAACAGGCCCGUCUUUAUCCAUAGUGCGGGGGGUGCAAAACAACCGGGCGCCGCGCGUUGGGGUGCGCCACACCGAUGAUCAUCGGGAAUUUCCCUGUAAUUUGGGGAGUGGGGGGUGCCAGAGCACUGCUUGCACCAGGCGCCCCUGUUGUCCUUAAUACGGGCCUGUUUACAGACCCAAAAACUUUUUUUUAUAUAUGAAGGGGUUACGGAAAUGGUAAAACUUUGAUGAUCGCUAUCUGUUGUAGGCUGUUUCAAGAAACAAUCUUCAACGAUCUUCAAAUCAAACAAACAACCUUUCUAAUGGUAGUGUAUUAUUUGAAAUAUGAACUGACGUGACAUUUUUUGAUAAUAUUUUUUUGUAAUUGAAAUUAUUGUUUUGAAUUUUUUAUAAUAUUUGAGUCAAGUUUGUUUUAAGCUGAUUUAUACUUACCACCACAGUGAUUUAAAUGUUCUCAUAAUAAAAAACUAAUUGUUCUAAUAUGUCUCGAAAAUGAUGCCAUUACGUAAUUUAAAUUUUGUACAAUAUAAUAAUAGUUAUAAGAUUACCAAAUAAAUCAUUGUUGUUAUAU